AUGUAUAAUUCUAUUUCCUUAGCUACAUCUGUUUCUGUUGUAUUUGUCGUAUCUGAUUUUGAAUCUACCUGUGUUGAAGUAACUGAUGUAAUAUUAAUUGUAACGAAUACGAAGACGUUGUCUAACUACAUUAUUCUUCGGAGAAAUCGAUGGGUGAAGCAGAAGAAGUACGACGUGAAUCAAUUAGAGAAGCGACGAGUGCGAUCACGCAUAGCGUGUUUGUACCAAAACGACGGCAGAAGUGGAUCGGUCUCUGCUUCCUCUUCUCCUACCACAAGCUCAAGCACACGCACAGUCGAUACCGACAAAAUAACAACGGACAAGGGAAGUCAGUUGUCUUCGGCAUUAGAUUGCUAGCGGUAGAAGUGGGAACGCAUUAUUGAGCAAUGAGAUGAAUCAUAUCACAGGACAAAAAAACUCUUGUCUGGUAGAAGAAUGAUUAACAACAACAAGAGAAAGUAGAGCAAGAUCAGCAUCAGUCCUCGUGCUCCCAGCACACUCCUCGUAUCGAAAGCCGACACAUCAACGCCAUCGGCAGAAGUAAGUAGAUCGAUCGAGGACCUUCGCGGUCGCAGCAGAAGAAGCUGUCUCAACCCUCCCCUCCGCCUCCGUCUACACCGCUGUCGCCUUCAUUACCCCAGCCUGAUUUAAAACAAGUCAUUCGGGCGUUGGCGCUCACCGACGCGAUCUGGAGCUCUGGGGAGGAGUAUGCGUACAACCUUGGCGUAUCAAUGAUAAGUUCGUGAAUCUGUUGGAUGUUGUUGCUCUCCUGUAGGUUGCUAACUGCCCAAAAGGUUCGCCAAACCGUAGAAAGGUCAGUAGAAGUUCUUGCCCAAGUCGUACCGCCGGAGGAAGACAAGCAAGGAACGGCAAACCACAACGAAGGAGGAAGUUCUUGUUUGAACACCACUAGAAUCCAACUCAAUCGAGCACAGUCACGCUGAUGCUCUCUCACGAACUGCACUCACGUUAAACUACUCCUACCUAAAGGAUCCAGGACCAUCAAGAUGAUAAGCAAGGUUGAUUGACCUUUGAGCUCUUUGGCUCUUCCUUGUUGUGUUCAAGUGCACCGAUUGAUUCACUUCAAGCCGCCAAGUCGGGAAGUGGAACACCUUCAAGACCUUACACUUUGGUCACUUCGAGCUGUUUC